CCUCAAGACGCUGACAAAGGCAGGAACUGGCUGAAUAGGUUGUGGCGUGUAUACUCAAAAAAACUUCGGGAACAAGCAACUCGUGGCAGAUCGACAAGACCAGCAGCAUUUGUGCAAAAUAGUUGCACGGACGAAAAGUGGACAACUCGUGAUUAUUUGCAGGCCCUUGAGGUUUCUGGGCGUGGUCUGCAUCAGCCAACGGUGAGUGUGUGGGAGGACGUAUUUUCUCAUCUUUCGAUGGAGGAGUGCGACUUUUGGUUACUGGGAAGAUUCGGGAACGCCCUAGUCUCGUUGGAUGAAGUCGAACGUGCUGAACCACUACUACAUGUUUUGGAAAAUGCCAUGCGUCAGCGUAUUAAGAUGUUGCAAAGUCAACCAGGCAGCAAUAGGAGAUGUCGAGAGAAGAUGCUUCUGCAGGCAUGUCCACAGCAGAAGCAGAAGUUGCCGAAAACAAAUGCCGAAGAUGUGCGAAUACACGGACAACUAGGGAGUAGUCCUCUUUCUUGCGAAGAGCAGCUCUCGAAAAAGGCAGAGCAGAGUGCCUCUGCUUGGAUCGAAGCCGAUCAAUCUACUCCACAAGGCCUUGUCAAAAGUACAACUCAGCCUAAGAGAAGCAGCACAAAAAACGCAGUACCACUGCGAGGGCAUCCGGAAUUUCAUCUGUGUCGCAGUUUACAAGCAAUAGCCUAUCUUCAUAAUAUUAUUGGAGGGAAAGAUCAAGACCGCGUUGAAAAAAGGCCAGUGAAUGAAGGGUCUUCGACUGCGACGCUUCAAGCGGGCACGAUCCUUUGCCUAACGAACAGGACUUCAUUGGCGAAUCUUUUUCUUUCUCAUCUUCACGCCCACGCACUGUUAAGUGGCCUUGUUCUCGUUACUCUCGCUGCAUCACAGCAACGACGAGCAGCGUUCGCUUGUAGUAGUUUUUUUUUGGCACAACAUAGUGACGCCAAGGUAAGAGGAAUGAGGGGAGGACGAGAGGCUUUGUUGAACGGGUUAAGCCGGUCUGUGUUAAGGCGUCUUUGUCGUGACGGUCCGUCUUCCAUCCUAAGCGUAAGUCCUUCAAUAAAUAUGCUAAAGAGUACUAGUAGACACAAAGCAUGUAGAACGGAGACUGGAGGAGAUGUGCAACAAUCUGAAUGCGAUUUUUUUCGGAUCCUCAAGAUGAGAUUUUUCAACAUGAC